AUGCGGCGGAAAAUCCAGUCGCUCAUCGUCGGAUAUGGCGUGCCGGCCAUCUGGUUCACCAUCAACCCGAACGACAUUACGAACCCGGUGAAGCUGCGACUGGCGGCAUACCGCACACGCGAUCCCGACGCGGCCGAGGAGUUCUUAGAAGGCCUUGGGGAUGCGUAUAAGCGGUCACGGCUGGCGAUAUCGGAUCCCAUGAGCUCGGCCGUGUUCUUCCACCGCGAGAUGAAGCUGUUCUUCGAUCAUUACGUGAAGGUCGGUGAAGACUCGAUGCUUGCCGACAUCCACGGGGAGGAUCAGGCGGCGUAUCGCGAGCGAAUCGUCCGAUACAUCGAUAGCGUCUUCUCAGAGGAUCUGGACCAGGAAAGUUUUUGCGCCGUGCAAGCGGAGCGAUCUGUGACGGGCGGUAUUGGUUCCCUGCUGGACAACGCCGCGCAGUUCUCGGCCGCGUUUAUCGAGGAGGCCAACUUCUGUGCCGGCGCGACGCAGGUGCACACGCAUAGCCCGACCUGUGUGAAGUAUUCCUUGGGCAAAGGAGGGCGGAAAGGGGACCUCUGCCGGUUCAAGGCGCCAUGGAGGUUAGUCGACAAGACCGCCCUCACGGCAGACGGGGUGCUGCAGAUCCGGAGGACACACAGCAUGGUCAAUCGAUGGAACGAGGCUAUUGCUGUCGGGCUCCGGCACAACCAUGAUAUUUCCUUCAUUGCGACGCAGCGCAAGACAAUGGCCCUCAUCUAUUAUGUCACGAACUACGCGACCAAGGUGGAGGACCCGGUGUGGAAGCGUGUGGCGGCCGCGGCCGAGCUCCUGGCCGCCUCAACAGGGAACAGGACGCGACAGUUCCUGAUGAGAGUGGCGAACCGCGUGUUCACGGAGCGUCCGCUAUCACAGGUCGAGGUCGUCGCUCACCUUCUCGGAUAUCCGGCCGAGUUCACCGACAGCAGCGCGUGGGCGUACCUGAACUGUUCUCUGCUGUACUGGGAAGUCUUUCGGCGAUGGCGGCAUCUCCGAGAAGCCAGUGGCGCUGCGGCUACGGAUGACACCUUGGAUGAGUCGGUGCUCAGGCGGCCGGGCAAGCACGCUACCGUCUGCCUCGACGGCUACCUGAGCAAGGACUUCACCUACGAUGACGAGUCGUGCUACCGGAGGGCAGCCGUGCAGCAUCUUGCGCUGUUCGUGCCGUGGAGUCCUUCCUGGGCGAAGGAACAGCUGCUUCGACGAUCCGCCGAAGACGCAAAACGCGACGCCAAGCAAUGGGCAGCCUCGUCCGGCGAUGGUGACCCGACGGUCGCACACGUCGAGGAGGGUGGAGCAGGCGAGGCGGGCGCGGAGUCUGCAGCGACAUAUCAGCCCAACAGCAUCGGAGACGCAACGCGGCUCAUCGACGUCGUCCGAGGUGCAGUGGGAGCGAAUCAGGUGACGGCCAAGUCGCCGGAGCUCAUGGCAAUGAUACAGCAGCUCUGUCGGUUUCAGCAAUCGGCGCUGCGCUCGACGGCCGAGCUCGAGGCCACGGCGCUGAUCGAACGAGGAGAGGCGGUUAAGCAUGCCAGGGCGGGUAUUUUCCGGGGCCGCACUACCGCCGCAGGAUCAGGUCAAGGCUAUCAAGUCGCAGCAGGGGCGGGAAUGGACGUUCAGUUUGGCCCAUCAACCUCCUUCCUCGCGGCGGGCAAGGUGUUGGCAACACGGCUGACGCUGAACAAGAGGCAGUCCAUCGCUUUUCUGAUAAUAUGCCGCCAGCUCGAUUUGAUGCAGCAGACCGACGGGGCGAUGCCUGCCAGCUGCGCCAGUUCGUCGGCGGAGCGGUUCAUCCACGGCCAGUCUCGAAUGGAUUGGCAGGAGAAGGAUGUGCUCGUCAUCGACGAGGUGAGCAUGCUCGGGGCGCGGACGCUGCACGCCGUGAACGAGCGGCUUCGCCGGCUUCGCGGAUCGCGGCAAGAUUUCGGGGGGAUCCCCAUCGUCCUCUUCUGCGGAGAUUUUCAGCAGUUCCGGCCGGUCCAAGAGAGGUCGAUCGUCCUGCCUAGCGCGGCCAUCUCGUGGGACGUAGACAACUCGUUCAAGGCCGAGCAGCGUCACCAGCACGACAAAGCGCACGCACUGUGGAAGAGGUUCACGACGGUCGUCAUGCUGGACGAGCAGAUGCGCGCCGCCGGCGACCCGGAGCUGCAGAGGCUGCUGAAGCGGAUCCGUCUAGGCGUGCAGGAUCGGACGGAUCUAAACCUCCUCAACUCAAGGAAUCGGUGGAACCUGAACAUGGAGGCGAGCCUGGCGUUCCGGGUCCAGCAGCGGUCGACGAUGCGCAUUUUCAUCUCCGAGCACAAGUGGAAGGAGGAGCUGCCGACGGAGGAAGAGGCGAUCAUGAUACUCAACCAGGGCGACGAUAGCGCGAUCCCGGUGCCGGCCGUCUUCAUGUUCGUGGCCGGGAUGCCCAUCGUCGUGAACCACAACACCCACCAGGGGCUGAAGCUAGUGAACGGCGCGAGCUACUCGGCGGUGGAGGUCAUUGUCGACAAGGCGUACCCGGGGCAUCGGAUCUCGGCCGAUAUGACGAUCCACUUCGGGCCGCCGGCGGGGAUCAUUCUCGAAUCGGAGACGAUGAGAUAUCUCCACUUCUGCCAGCGAAAAAGGCCGUGGCAACGCAACGACGUCAGCCGAAAGGGUUUGCCGUGCGCAGCAGCGUUCGCGUGCACGGACUACAAGGUGCAGGGCAAAACGCUGGAGCGCGUGGCCCUCGAGCUGCGAGGACACGGACGACGAAGAUGGAUGGAACGGUGGUGCCCUCGCAACGGCAUCAUGCUCGUGUCCAAGGUGCGGGACAGAGACUUGGUGGGCAACCGGGUCCCCGAGGAGAUGACUGCCGCACAGGCCAGGCUCGAGGUACUGAGCGAGAGGACCGUUGAGGAGGCGUUGCGCUGGCUGGACGGUGAUGCUGAAGAGUCAAGGCGGCCGCGCUAG